CCGUUCAGUCCACACCACCCUUUUAAGGACUUUAUUAAACUUUUAAAGACUGUAUUUUGCCAUGGACGCCAGUGAAAGCGGAGCUACGGCGCCGGAGAAGCACGAUGACGGGGAAUCGUUUACGAAAGUGAAGUCAAAGAAGAGCCAGAAGAGAAAACUGGAGCCAGACGGAGGCACGACCAUGGAGGUCGAACAGCCAAAUAAACGCCCGCAUUUUCCACCCAUCUCAGCUGACAAACUACGGGGUUCUGAUGAGAUGAGGAAGGUUGCCGUCCCGGCUCAUAGGUACACGCCGCUGAAGGAGAACUGGCUGAAGAUCUUCACUCCCAUCGUGGAGAACCUGCAGCUUCAAGUCAGGUUUAACCUGAAAACCAGAAAUGUGGAAAUCAAAACGUGUAAAGAGACGCAGGACAUCGCCGCGCUCACCAAAGCUGCAGAUUUCGUUAAAGCCUUUGUUCUCGGGUUCCAGGUUGAUGACGCCAUGGCGCUCAUCAGAUUAGAUGAGCUUUUCCUGGAAAGCUUUGACGUGACAGACGUGAAGCCGCUGAAGGGCGACCAUCUGUCCAGAGCCAUCGGGAGAAUCGCAGGGAAGGGAGGAAAAACCAAGUUCACCAUCGAAAACGUCACCAAGACCCGCAUUGUGCUCGCAGACACAAAAAUCCACAUUUUAGGUUCUUUCCAGAACAUCAAGAUGGCCCGGACAGCAAUAUGUAAUUUAAUCUUAGGAAGUCCACCUUCAAAGGUCUACGGAAACAUCAGAGCCGUGGCCAGCAGGACCGCCGAGCGAUUCUGAACAUGGACUGGCUAGUUCCGGGAUUGACCUUCUCAGAGGGGAGGAGUCUUCCACUUUCAUACCUGCGGGGGUCAGAAGUCUAACUUUUGAUCUGCUGUGUUCAUGAGGGACGGAUUUCAGAAGACAUUAUU